AUGGUAAACAGACGCCUGACAACAUUCCUCGAGGAACAGGAGCUAUUCGACCAUCGACAGUUCGCAUUCCGUAAGGGACUCGGCACAGGAAUUCAUCUAGGCUGCCUCGGUGAAACAGUAAGUGAUGCCAUAGCCAACGACCUGCAUGCGGACAUUGCCAUCCUUGAUCUCGCCAAGGCAUACAACACGGUAUGGCGUGAAGGAGUACUUCGCCAGCUGCACCAAUGGGGUGUUAGCGGAAACCUUGGCUGCUUCCUCAAGCAGUACCUCAGUGACCGAAGUUUCAGGGUGGGCAUUGGAGGUAAGCAAUCGAACCUGUUUCGGGAAGCUAACGGCGUCCCCCAAGGGUCGGCCUUGGCAGUCACUCUAUUCUUGGUCAGCAUGAGUUCCCUUUUUGCCACGCUUCCGAAAGGUAUAUACGUGUUUGUCUACGCCGACGAUAUAAUACUUAUUGCUAUCGGAAAAACAAUUGGUCGCACCAGACUGAAGCUACAGGUAGCCGUGAAUGCUGUCGGUCGCCACCGGCAGGCCAGUCAAACUUGCCGGAAAGAACCUAAAAUUCUUGGUGUGACUAUCGACCGGAAGAUGACUUUUCUCCCGCACUUCCGGCGAACCGCACUAAAUAUCAGCCAAGCCCUCAUCCAUAGUCGCCUGUUCUACGGCCUCGAGAUAACCAGUCUCAAUUGGAAGGGAUUAGUAGAUAUCUUGUCACCGUUGUAUCACAGAGCAGUCAGACUACCUUCGAAUCUACUGCCCAGCACUCCUGCCGAAGCCGCCUGCGUCGAAACCGGAGUACUUCCCUGCCGAUGGGCACUGGCGGUAGCUGUCCUGAAACGAGCCGUUGGAUUCUUAGAGAAAACAUCUGGUGAUGGAUGUCACCUUCAACAGACAGCCAAGGAUAUCCAUACCACAUUUACCAAUACCCCUCUCCCUACAAUCGCACAGCUGCAUCGGGUUCGCAACCGCGCCUGGCAUGAGCGUGGCCCAAACUUAGACUGCAGCCUGGCUGUAUCCGCCAGAGCAGGCGAGCCUCCCAGUACUGUCAGAGCUAAAUUACUUCAAAUGGUUGAACGCAAAUACCCUAAUCAUCUGCACAUUUACACUGACGGCUCGAAACUUAGCGAGGGCGUGGGGGCGGGUGUGAGCGGAAUUGGAGAGGGCCUCACCCUUCGUCUAUCCUCUGUUUGCUCAGUAUUCUCCGCAGAAGCAGCCGCCAUCGCUAUUGCCAUAACCAAGAAACCUGAAGAUAUUGUGAUUUUCUCCGAUUCCCUCUCUGUCAUCAAAGCACUGGAAUCGGGGGAGUCCAAGCACACCUACGUUCAAGCCAUAGAGCAAUCCUGCGACCCGUUUACUACCAUAUGCUGGGUUCCCGGGCACAGUGAAAUUCGCGAGCUCCCAUCGUCUGAUGUUAUUAGGGAAUUCAAGGCAAAAGUCUCCGAGCACUUUAGUACACAAAACCGCGAAAACCGGAGGGAACAAAGAGCACUGUCGCGCCUACGGGUAGGACACACGAAGAUCACCCACACCCACACCAUCACCCGCGUCGAUCCCCCAAUGUGCUCGACCUGCAAUACAAGAAUCACGGUAGAGCACCUACUCCUUAACUGCCGGGAACUCGAAGACCUGCGGCGCCUCCAUAAUCUGCCCACCUCGAUUCAGGACACACUAUCGAACAACUCAGCACAGGAAGAGACACUACUCGCAUUCUUGAAAGAUGCCAACAUUUUUGAAGCUAUCUAA